AUGGAGGAGAGAGAUGGAGAGAUGGAGAGACUUGAAAGGCAGAAGGAGCAACUUGAAAGGACCAGACCAAGUUCACCUGAAUGCGUUAUUAACUUUAAAGGAGAGCAACCCUCUACUGAAAAGAGGAUCCAUCAAAGACCAGACUCUGCUGAACCUGAACCCAGCUGUGUGUCCUUCAAGAGUGACCGGUCAAAAGAUCACUUUUUUGACUUUAAACAUCAACAAACCUCUGCUGAAAAGAAAGUGGACCAGGAGAGCUCAGAGGUUCCCAGUGGUCAGUCUGCCCAGCAGCAUCAAACACACCUGGAUUCCAUUUUUAUGCUGCUGGAGGACAACAUCUUCACUUAUGUGAAGAACGAACUGAAGAAGAUCCAGAAGCUUCUGAGUCAGGAUUACCCAGAAUGCUCGGAGAGUCAGUGGGAGGAUGAGGAUGAAGAGCAUAGGAGCAGCAGAGAGGCAUUUCUGAAGAUCACACUGCACUUCCUGAGGAGAAUGAAGCAGGAUGAGCUGGCUGACCCUGUAGGAAGGCUUUCAGACAUGUCAACAGAUGAGGUCAUCAGCUCACAUGGGCAGGGGCGUAGCACAAGACCCUGGGCCCUAGUCCUGAUGGGCCCCCAUGUUCCUCAACACCCCAAGCAACACACGUCUCAGGUCAUUAGUACCUGUGUGGAUGAUGAUGUGGCUAGGCUGACCCAGGAUGGGCUCAGUGAGCAGCUGGAGGGCAUUGUCCGGCCCUGGGACAUUGGAUUUUGGAUGUUUUUAGGCUCUCUCGGUGGUUCAGCUCCUCUCUUACAGCAGUGA